CCUCCGAGCAUCGACUCCUUCCCUCGCCUCCGACCCCCACACAGCGCGAGCGUCUUACCCGGGCCUGCGCGAAGAGAAGAGAAGGGUGCAGAGAAGCACACAGAGUAAUCAACAGCAAUGGUGAGGGCUCCUUGCUGCGAGAAGAUGGGGCUCAAGAGGGGCCCGUGGACGGCGGGGGAGGACAUGACCCUGGUGGCUCACAUCGAGCAGCACGGGCACAUCAACUGGCGAGCGCUGCCGAAGCAGGCCGGCCUGCUGCGCUGCGGCAAGAGCUGCCGCCUCCGGUGGAUCAACUACCUGCGCCCCGACAUCAAGCGCGGCAACUUCACCAGCGAGGAGGAAGACGCCAUCAUCCAACUCCACGCCAUGCUCGGCAACAGAUGGUCCACCAUUGCCGCCAGGCUGCCUGGCAGGACGGACAACGAGAUCAAGAACGUCUGGCACACGCACCUCAAAAAGCGACUCGAGUCCUCGUCCAAGCCGUCGGGCCAGGCAGCGCCUAAGCGCAAAGCCAAGAAGCCCGCUGUGGCUGCGAGCGCGCUCGAGGGACCGACCUCCGAGCCGGCGUCGUCACCGGGGCAGUCCCUCUCGAUUUCGCCGGAGCAGUCCCUCUCGACGUCGUCCGCCACCGGCUACUCGAUGGCCUCGUCGUUGGAGAACACGGGCUGCUCUUACUCGGAGUCGGAGGAGUUCCAGAUUGACGACAGCUUCUGGUCGGAGACACUGGCGAUGUCGGUGGACAGCUCCGGUUCCGGGAUGGAAACCGGCGACACCUUCGGCGCAGAUAGUGUAUCGCCGUCGUCGAGAAACAAUGAGAUGGACUUCUGGGUCACACUGUUCAUGCAGGCUGGUGAUAUGCAGAGUUUGUCACAGAUUUAAUGAGAAGAUUGGUUAUGUUCAUAUUUCUCGCUAGCAUUCGCGGUAGAACAGGCGAGCGGCCUGGCCGAACGUGGACAAACGAAGGGGCCAUUUGGCCUCGAAGUUCGUCGGCUGAGUUUUUUUUUCUUUGAGGGAAAGUUCGUCGGCUGAGUUGACCCUUGUUGCUGGCUCAGUUUCACGUGCGCAUUGGCUGGCAACAACGAGAGAAUUUUCUCCAGGUACCCGAGGGACAAAUGAUGGGGCCGAAAGGUUGACUUGAUCAAGGACUGAAAGCCUGAUAACACCUUUUAGCCUGAUGAGUCUGUUUUACUCAGUAACCUGCUAAAUCCUUUGUUCGUUGUUC